AUGUUAUCGCACCUAGCCCCUCCCGGUCAUUUAGAUUUGAAUCGAAACACACUUCAAAUUCCUUCAGGACCUCCAUCGCCCACACUCUCGACAACAUCAUUCAUGUCCUCCGUGUCCUGGAUGGCCGAAAAAACAUCAUCUGAGCUAAUCCCAAUGUUAAAAAAUGCAUACAGUGCCCUAAAAGAUAAAGAAAAGGAUUUAGUGCUUGCAGCCGAAUUAGGUAAAUCACUCUUGGAACACAACUUGAGAUUAAAGUCGAGUUACGAUUCACUGUUGCAAUCAAGUACGCCACCCAUCACCCCAUCCUCAUCCACGGCCAUUCAAGACGAGCUUGACUCUGGUAUCGAUUCGCCCACAUCAUCGGAUGAAGACGAAGAUGAAGAGGAUACCAUGCGAUUUGUUCCACCCAGAGGAACCCGCGAAGCAAUGAUUGAGGUACUGGAACGCAAGAACACAGAAUUGCAAACCAAACUUGAUGUUGCAAUGCAAGAGCAAGACAAUUUAAGCCGCUCAAAUUCAAAAAAGACUCGUCAGCUCGAAAAUGAGAUCAGCAUUUUAAAGAGCAAUCUUGACAUUGCUUCUACCAAAAUACAGGAACUUCAAGCAAUGAACGAACGCCAAAGAAAGAUGGAACUCUCCAAUUCAAUGACAACAAGCAGAAACCAAGAGGCGGACACUCUUGUGGAUGAACUGUAUACUGAAAUUGACAAGAUUCAGCUUGAAAAAGACCUUGUUGCACAAUCAAAAGCAGAAUUAGAGGCGAAAUUGGCUGCCACUUUGAAAGAUCUUGGUGAUUUGAAAAAGCAAUUUGAGAAAUUCGAGUUUACGCAACACGACUUUGAAAAGUUGCAAGAAGCAUAUGAACGCCAAUUCACUCACAUUGAUCAACUCAACAGCAGCCUUGAGGAACAUCGCACCAUCCUGCAGAAGCUCAAAGAGAAAGGCAUCAACAUCCAUUCAGCACGUUCAACACCAGCCCCAAGCUGCUAUGGAGACGAUGCCAACCAAACUGGAUUCAGACACACUCUUCUCGGUGAACUCGAAUCAGAAUGGAUGAAGAACAAGGCCAGCUCCACAUCUACCAGAACAGCGGCAACAAGACCAGACCAAGAGGAAAAUGAUUCUCACACGUUCCAAUUACGAGAUUUUGCUGAAUUCACAGAAAAGAAAAUGUCAGCCUUCUACAACGUGCCCUCCAUUGGCUUUGAAAGCGUGCUGUCUAAAGCUACUGGCAUUGAUCAAGACCUUUUGGACGAUGCACUCGAGUUUAUCAGCAAGAUUGAACGAGAACACAACCAAGAAAAAUGUAUGGACUUGUACAACACAUUCGACGAAAUAGAUGAUUGUGAUUUCGGUAUUUUUGACGAAGCCUUUCCAUCAUCUGAUCUGUAUCCCAGUCCAUUGAAGCCGGAGCAAAUGCAAAUUCAACGCUUUGUGAAUGAGCCUAAAACCUUUGUGGGACGUCUUCGGAACCAUGUUGUUAAAUUGUUCAAUCUCAUAUGGAGAUGGUGUCGAUUCUCCAUGGUGCUCACUACUGCACUUUUGAUCAGCGCAUGGCAGGGACCAGAUGCUCUCUUAAUUACAUAUUAA